UUUCCAUGUCAUCUUAGCUCUGAUGGUAGACACUCCGGUCAUUGCGUUGGGUUCUACUGGGUUCAGUGAUGUAGAAUAUUCACGGAGUUCUGCAACUCAUCUUGAUUAUAAGACGGACCACUAUAAUGAUCGUCUACUUUAAUUACGUUCCGCUCAUUGGUUGGCUAAGACAUACAAACAACAUUAGCAAGCAAGCUAACUGACGGGAAAUAGCGGUAACUCAUUUGUCUGGUGUCUGGCUGGUGGUGGACAUUUAGUUUCGGGUGUCAGCUAACAUAUAUCUUUUUUUUUUUUUUAACAAUCGUUACCCCUGGCUUUUAGCCGUCGUAAACGCAACGGGUCUAUGACGAUAUGAUUGCAACAACACGCUGUGUAGAAGUAGCUGCUCCCCUCGGCGCGACCACCCCCAACACUCUGCUGCUACGUAAACCUACUAUCCUUUGUCCAAAACCGCUACUUGUAAACAUUAGCACGCACGGUUGCCACUAUUUCACAAUAUUGUAGCCUACACAUGAUUGACUGUAACUUCUGUGCAGUCUGCCAAAGUGUAUUUUGAAUUGCAUUUAGUCUUAAGCUACUGGCACCGCAGAAGCGAGUGCUGAUAGUACAGUAACCCAUUCAUAGAUGCUAACUGCUUUAUCGCCUAUUGACUAACUAGUUAGUGUCUUCUGGUCAAGGGGGAUUUUUCUUUUAAGAUCCCCGAAGCUCGUUUUGAACAUUUAAAACACAUUCUUGUUGUACAUUUUGGUAAACAUAAGGAAGAGUAUCUUUCAUAUAAUCAAAAAGGUAAAAUUACUACACACUAGGAUUUAGUGUUUGUUCAUGGCUUUACCUCCAUGUUACGGCGUGUGUUUGACAGAAGACCUAGCUAACAGCCGAUCCAUCUCGCGGUGUUCCUCCGGUGGAAGAACUUACACUUCCUCCCCAGUCCAGCGUUCUCCAAACACCUGUGUGUAAGCUACCUGGGGAGAAAGUGUAGUUCAACUGGAGGCACACGUCAUAUGGAUCUGUGUAAAACUCCUACAGUAAGUUAAAAAAAUAUAUAUUUGAAAGAUUCUUUUUUUUUUUUUUGCUGAUAGGUUGAUUAUGCCCCUUAUUUUUUCAUAUGUUUCGAAAACCGGUUUGAAAGCAAUGAUUAUGGAUUUUUCUAAACGUUAAAACAAAGGGUUGGAAUUGUAGUUGCACAUGGAGCCAACCAUGUGCCAAUGUAGCUGCUGAAAAUACUUACAGAGAUGAAGGGUUUUCGAGAGCUAAGCAACCUAUACUUCUUGGCCACAAGUUAACCAUAAACAACCAACAAUGUCACUUCUUUAUUUAACCAGGCAAGUCAGUUAAGAACAAGUUCUUAUUUACAAUGACGGGCCUACCGGGGAACAGUGCCUUGUUCAGGGGCAGAAUGACAGAUUGCUACGUUGUCAGCUCGGGGAUUCGAUCCAGCAACCUUUCGGUUACUGGCCCAACACACUGGGCUACCUACCGCCCCACUUUAAUGAUAGCUAUGUUAUUACGUAUUAUAAACUGGGUGGUUCGAGCCCUGAAUGGUGAUUGGCUGACUGACGUUGUAUAUCAGACCGUAUACUAUGGGUAUGACAAACCAUUUAUUUUUACUCCUCUACUUACGUUGGUAACCAGUUUAUAAUAGCAAUAAGGCACCUCUGGGGUUUGUUAGCCAUGGUAUAUUGGUCAUAUACCACACCCCCUCGUGUGUUAUUGCUUAAUUAUCUAAUGUAAAGACUUAGGGUGCCUUUAUUGUUUAAAGGUACUGCAUGUAAAUUAGCAGAUACUAUUAUUUCAUGUGCCUACUAAAACACAGCUGUUAACAGGUUGAUGUGUAGCUACUGAAACACAGCUGUUGACGUGUAGCUACUGAAACACAGCUGUUGACGUGUGGCUACUGAAACACAGCUGUUGACGUGUGGCUACUGAAACACAGCUGUUGACAGGAUGAUGUGUAGCUACUGAAACACAGCUGUUGACAGGUUGAUGUGUAGCUACUGAAACACAGCUGUUGACAGGUUGAUGUGUAGCUACUGAAACACAGCUGUUGACGUGUAGCUACUGAGACACAGCUGUUGACGUGUAGCUACUGAGACACAGCUGUUGACGUGUAGCUACUGAGACACAGCUGUUGACGUGUGGCUACUGAAACACAGCUGUUGAAGUGUGGCUACUGAAACACAGCUGUUGACGUGUUGCUACUGAAAAACAGCUGUUGUUGACAGGUUGAUGUGUAGCUUCUAAAAUAAUGGGCAAAUGUUGCACAAUUUAUGUGUGGAAAGCUCUUAGAGAAUUACCCAGAAAGACUCAGCUGUAAUCGCUGGCAAAGGUGCUUCUUAAGUAGGUGUGAAUGGUUAUGUAAAUGAGAUUUCUGUAUAUAAUUUCCUAACACAUUUGCUAAAAUUACUGCAAACAUGUUUUCACUUUGUCAUUAUGGGGUAUUGUGUGUAGAUUUGGUGAGAUAAAAAAAAAAAUAUUUAAUCCUUUUUUGAAAUCUGUCUGUAACACAACAAAAUGUGGAAUAAGUCAAGGGGUAUGAAUACUUUCUGAAAGAACUAUGCAUCUACCCAGAGAUUCUAGACCCUUCAGAUAUACAAACAUCAAAUGAUUAGGACCAAGGGGUAGAGAGUUUGGUACACAGAUACUGAUGUCAUUUUAAUUCUCGACCAAGCCAGGGCCAGCAUGCCCCAGCAUGCCAGUGCGUGCUAGCUAUCUUGCUUUGGUCUUUAAGGAGACCCCACAGUACUCUUUUAAAUGGAAGAAUGAUGACAUUUAACUGACUCAUAUCGAUGCCAAAGGCUGUUUUCAAACGAUAAGAGGUUAGAUAAUGUGUUGGGUAAGGUAUUGGCUAAUGUAUUGGUUAGGGUAAGGUAUUGGCUUAGGGUAAGGUAUUGGCUUAGGGUAAGGUAUUGGCUUAGGGUAAGGUAUUGGCUUAGGGUAAGGUAUUGUAAGAGGAGAGUAGCAUAAAGCGGUGUGGUUUAGGUUAAAUGGGUCAUGCUACAUACUCACCAAGGUUACGGUUAGGUUAGGUGGAUUGGAGUGUCAUACUACAUACUCACCAAGGUUACGGUUAGGUUACGGCUAGGUUAGAUGGGUUGGAGUGUCAUGCUACAUACUCACCAAGGUUAGGGUUAGGUUACGGCUAGGUUAGAUGGGUUGGAGUGUCAUACUACAUACUCACCAAGGUUACGGUUAGGUUACGGCUAGGUUAGAUGGGUUGGAGUGUCAUACUACAUACUCACCAAGGUUACGGUUAGGUUACGGCUAGGUUAGAUGGGUUGGAGUGUCAUACUACAUACUCACCAAGGUUACGGUUAGGUUAGAUGGGUUGGAGUGUCAUGCUACAUACUCACCAAGGUUACGGUUAGGUUACGGCUAGGUUAGAUGGGUUGGAGUGUCAUACUACAUACUCACCAAGGUUAGGGUUAGGUUACGGCUAGGUUAGAUGGGUUGGAGUGUCAUGCUACAUACUCACCAAGGUUACGGUUAGGUUACGGCUAGGUUAGAUGGGUUGGAGUGUCAUACUACAUACUCACCAAGGUUACGGUUAGGUUACGGGUAGGGUUAGAUGGUUUGUAGUGUCAGAUGGGCUAUGUGCAGUGAUCUGUGAGCUGCUCUGACAGCUGGUGCCUUAAGUUAGUGAGGGAGAUAUGAGUCUCCAGCUUCAGGGAUUUUUGCAAUUCGUUCCAGUCAUUGGCAGCAGAGAACUGUAAGGAAAGGCGGCCAAAGGAAGAAUUGGCUUUAAGGGUGACCAGUGAAAUAUACCUGCUGGAGCGCGUGCUACGGGUGGGUGCUGCUAUGGUGAACAGUGAGCUGAGAUAAGGAUGGGCUUUACCUAGCAAAGACUUAUAGAUGACCUGGAGCCAGUGGGUUUGGCGACAAAUAUGAAGCGAAUGGCCAGCCAACGAGAGUGUACAGGUCACAGUGGUGGGUAGUAUACGGGGCUUUGGUGACAAAAUGGAUGGCACUGUGAUAGACUGCAUAUAAACACACCCUGCUGUGUGAGGACAGGAGCCUGACUCAGAUUUAAUUACCCAGAGUCUCAAUUAUACACAAUGCAGCUGUUGUCCACCUGUAAACUCGCAUUCAAGGACAACGCCGCCACUUAACACUUGGAUUGUGUUAAGGUUAGUGGCGUAACUACAUAGUUUUGGUGUGUAAUUUCAUGAUUUCAUGUCUAUAUGACUGUUUUUUUUUGUGAUGAGCGAAAUUGCUUUUCUGUAACGUUUUUUAGUAGGAUCCCUGCGAUGACUAAUGCAAUAAAUGAUGGGCAGUGAUUUUUUUUUUCAGAGAACUACAGACGGGUUAUAUAGAUUUCUGAUCAUGUUGGAACUUCCUGCCGUAUGUUGCUCUGUAUUGAUAUGCCAUUGCAUAUCUUUUAAAUGGGAUACGGUAGUAGGUGCCAGGUUUUUUUUUUCAUCAUCAACAGUUUCCCGUGUGUAUCAAGAAUGGCCCACCACUCAAAGGACAUCCAGACUAACUUGACACAACCGUGGGCCAGUACCCCUGGUGGAAUGCUUUCGAUACCUUGUAGAGUCCAUGAUGAAUUAUGGCUCAAUAUCAGGAAGGUGUUCCUAAUGUCUGGUCGACUCUGUGUAUAUGCAGUAGCAAUUGAGCCCGGGGACGGGGAGUAGGAUGAGGGUCAGUCGACUGUUUACACUUGGCCCCAAAUGGAACCCUAUUCACUAUAUAUAGUGCACUACUUUAGGGUUCCAUUUGGGACGAAGCCUUGAUCUGGUCUAGGAUUCCUGUUCAUCUAAAAAGAAGCAUGUUGCCUCUUAAUCAGAUUUAGUGCCAGUGCUUCUACACCUGCAUUGCUUGCUGUUGGGGGGUUUUAGGCUGGGUUUCUGUACAGCACUUUGAGAUAUCAACUGAUGUAAGAAGGGCUUUAUAAAUACAUUUGAUUUGAUUUAGUCAGGUGGAAGAGGUUACUUUACAUUAUCACACUAGGCUGAAAAAUGGCGCCGACAGAAACAUCUAAAAAAACAAACAAGUAUUUUGCCUCUUAAUCUUAAAUAUUAAACGGUGCCGGAGGAGAUAGGAGCCCGUAAAAACGGCAGCUAACUACAAUUUUCUUACAAUUUUUAACUAGGCUAUUGAGCACGUCAAUAACCCAAGCCUGUCCCAUAGUUAACAGUAGUUGGCUAACUGGCCAGCUAGCUAGCUAAAUGACCACUACCGACUGUAGCGUGACCGUUACAAAGUCCAUUUGUAGCUAGUUUUGUUUGGACAUUUGUUUGUUGUGGAUGCCUCGCUAUUUUAUGUAGCCAGCAUACAUCAUUCUAACAACAAUGGACACACUGGCUAUGUCUAUUUGGUUUCUUUGUUUGUUUGCUAGUUAACUAACAAUGAAGAGAGAUGGAUGCUAACCAGAUAACAAACUGACUCAUCAAAAGUGUUGCUUGUUUGGGUACCGAACAGCGUCCUGGGUACCAUUUUAUUUUUUUUAGCAAACAUUCCACUCCAUGUUCUCCUGUCAUUUUGGCAAUUUCUUUGAUAAAGCAGAUCCCAUCCUGGUGUUUUGAUAUGAGGUGAUUAUGCUAGCCUAGCUACAUUCAAUAUGAGGUGAUUAUGCUAGCCUAGCUACAUUCAAUAUGAGGUGAUAUGCUAGCCUAGCUACAUUCAAUAUGAGGUGAUAUGCUAGCCUAGCUACAUUCAAUAUGAGGUGAUAUGCUAGCCUAGCUACAUUCAAUAUGAGGUGAUAUGCUAGCCUAGCUACAUUCAAUAUGAGGUGAUAUGCUAGCCUAGCUACAUUCAAUAUGAGGUGAUAUGCUAGCCUAGCUACAUUCAAUAUGAGGUGAUAUGCUAGCCUAGCUACAUUCAAUAUGAGGUGAUAUGCUAGCCUAGCUACAUUCAAUAUGAGGUGAUAUGCUAGCCUAGCUACAUUCAAUAUGAGGUGAUAUGCUAGCCUAGCUACAUUCAAUAUGAGGUGAUAUGCUAGCCUAGCUACAUUCAAUAUGAGGUGAUAUGCUAGCCUAGCUACAUUCAAUAUGAGGUGAUAUGCUAGCCUAGCUACAUUCAAUAUGAGGUGAUAUGCUAGCCUAGCUACAUUCAAUAUGAGGUGAUAUGCUAGCCUAGCUACAUUCAAUAUGAGGUGAUAUGCUAGCCUAGCUACAUUCAAUAUGAGGUGAUAUGCUAGCCUAGCUACAUUCAAUAUGAGGUGAUAUGCUAGCCUAGCUACAUUCAAUAUGAGGUGAUAUGCUAGCCUAGCUACAUUCAAUAUGAGGUGAUAUGCUAGCCUAGCUACAUUCAAUAUGAGGUGAUAUGCUAGCCUAGCUACAUUCAAUAUGAGGUGAUAUGCUAGCCUAGCUACAUUCAAUAUGAGGUGAUAUGCUAGCCUAGCUACAUUCAAUAUGAGGUGAUAUGCUAGCCUAGCUACAUUCAAUAUGAGGUGAUAUGCUAGCCUAGCUACAUUCAAUAUGAGGUGAUAUGCUAGCCUAGCUACAUUCAAUGCUGUUUUUUCUGUUAUUUAGGAUUAGUAUUUGUACUUGUUAAGGAUCCCCAUUAGUUCCUGCCAAGGCAGUAGCUACUCUUCCUGGGGUUUAUUAUGGAUCCCCAUUAGUUCCUGCCAAGUCAGCAGCUACUCUUCCUGGGGUUUAUUAUGGAUCCCCAUUAGUUCCUGCCAGUGGGACUAUCAUUUGUUUUUCAACAGGACAAUGACCCAACACACCUCCAGGCUGUGUAAGGGCUAUUUGACCAAGAAGGAGAGUGAUGGAGUGCUGCAUCAGAUGGCCUGGCCUCCACAAUCACCUGACCUCAACCCAGUUGAGAUGGUUUGGGAUGAGUUGGACAGCAGAGUGAAGGAAAAGUGGGCAACAAGUGCUCAGCAUACAGUACCAGUGAAAGUUUGGACACACUUACUCAUUCAAGGGUUUUUCUUUAUUUUUACUAUUUUCUACAUUGUAGAAUAAUAGUGAAGACAUCAACUAUGAAAUAACACCUAUGGAAUCAUAUAGAAGCCAGAAAAGUGUUAAACAAAUCUAAAUAUAUUUGUAAAACUGUCACUCUUCAAAAUCUCUGGUCCCUGGUAAAAAAAAUGUUUUAUUUAACCUUUAACUAGGCAAGUCAGGUAAGAACAAAUUCUUAUUUACAGUGACGACCUACCCCGGCCAAACCCUGACCAGGACGACGCUGUGGCAAUUUUGCGCCACCCUAUGGGACUCCCAAUAACGGCCGGUUGUGAUACAGCCCGGAAUCGAACCAUGGUCUGUAGUGACGCCUGCGCCACUCUGAAGUUCAGACAGUACAGUUUUUACCCCUGAGGUCCUGGUCAGCAAGAAGACUGGCCAGGUGUGUGUGUGUACUGUUCUUCUCCGAUUGGCCAUUGAUCUUUAUCCUCUAUCAGACCAAGACUGCAGUCAAUUCCUUUCUCUCUCUCUCUCGUCUUUUCCCUGAAGUGUGCAUUCAUUCAGUAAUAGGUGAUCAGAAUGCACUCAACAGGUGUGGGAUUGAAACGUUAAAACCAUGUUAUAGGCCUAUAUUUGAUGAGCUUGAGUGUGACAGUUAUUUUUGUCGUCGCAGGUAUGGGCGCUUGGCGCUGGCCAGACUGGAUGAGGAAGUGAGGCUGAGUGAGAAGGAGAUCACAGCUACCCAGGACUGCUGUUGGAGAGGACCUCUGGACAGGUUCCUGCGGCGUGUGUCAGGGUGGAGGUACCUGACUCAUGGAGAACUACUUCCAGGCAGAGGCCUUCAACCUGGAUAAAGUGUUGGAUGACUUUGAACAGAAGCAAGAUGAGACUGACAGUCCGAGUCUGUCUGAUAAGUGGAUUCAGAUCCUGGCCCCUCCUGCCCACCUACUAUCUCCGAACCGUGCCCUGGCUUUGACCCCUGACCUCGGCCCCCUCACCUUAAAGACACCCCCGCCCCCCGACCCGUCAUCCAGCGACCCCCAGGGGCCCGACGCCAAACGCCACCCCGCCGCCGAGCUCCCACUCUGGGGAGAAGAACUCCCAGACUGCCGUGCAGACGUGCAGAGCCCUCCGCUCCCCCAGCCCAACAUCGGCAAGCUGGUUGGGGGUGAGGAGGGCUCGUCUCCCCCUGUGUCGGCCUCCUCCAGCCCCCCUCCGUACCAACACCACUCCUCUAUCAGCCCCUCUAGUCCAGCCAGCCCUGCCCUCAACGGGCUCAGUGAAGAUCCCUGCAAGGGGAACCAGACAUGGGUGACCCCUUUACCCCCCACACCCUCGGACCCACGUACUGAUGCCUCUGUGGGGGAGAGGGGUGAUGGAAGCUCCCACGUUAGUCACACACACUUGACCAUUGAGGAGAGGCUGGGACGGGUUGAGGCGAUGGCAGAGAAGGUUAACUCCAAGCCAGAGACUGAGAGAGCUGGUGCCUGGUCACCUAUUCAGGACAGUGGUGGGGAGGAGGCUGGAAUGGCUGGGGUACAGUCACAUGAGGAAGGAAUCCCUUACAGGGAAAGUCAUGGAAAUACUGUUAAGAAUGGAUUGAUGGAGGGACCGACAGAGCGGAAGGAGUGUAGGAAUUCCUCUCAGAAGCAGAAGAGGUUGAUGGGAGAAAUGGAGAAGGAGAGUAGAGGCAGUCAGGAUGGAGAGAGAGUUCUUACCAGCGCCAUGGCUACUGAAGAGGAGGAGGACCGAGGGAGCAGAGAGGAGAAAGAGGAGGACCGAGGGAGCAGGGAGGAGGAAGACCGAGGGAGCAGGGAGGAAGAGGAGGAGGACCGAGGGAGCAGGGAGGAGAAAGAGGAGGACCGAGGGAGCAGGGAGGAGAAAGAGGAGGACCGAGGGAGCAGAGAGGAGAAAGAGGAGGACCGAGGGAGCAGGGAGGAGAAAGAGGAGGACCGAGGGAGCAGAGAGGAGAAAGAGGAGGACCGAGGGAGCAGGGAGGAGGAAGAGGAGGACCGAGGGAGCAGAGAGGAAGAGGAGGAGGACCGAGGGAGCAGGGAGGAAGAGGAGGAGAAAGGGAGCAGAGGGGAGGAGGACAAAGGGAGCAGAGAGGAGGAGGGCCAGUCUCUCCCCCCUCCUCCCUCCAAGGAGGACUCCGUAACCGAGGAGAAGGAGAUGGAGGAGAGCAACCUAGAGAGCGGAGGAGGAGAUAGCAGUGUUCCCUCCAAACUCAACAACACUCGUCUGGAGCUGGUAAGCGUGCCGUUCGGCGGAGCGCGUCCCAAACAAGCGGUCACUCUAAAACUCCAGAUCCCCUGGUCGCUAUCCGGACAGGUCCAGAACCAACUGUCACCUACCGUUAACACCACCACCACCACCGCCGUCUGCAAGAACCAUGAUAACCGUGCCGGUGACAUAACCAUGGAUACAGGAACCGUCGUUGCCAGGGGUGACCCUGGUGGUUGUGUCGAGGUUGUUAACGGGGAGUUGCUAAACGGGUCUCCGUCGUCAUCGUCGGGCCUGGUGCUGGGGUCAGAGAGCAGCCCGGACAAUGACCUCCAGGCAGGGUAUCACCACCAGGGGGCUCUGCCCAGGAAACAGCUCUCCUCCCUGGGGGAGGUAGCCCCCGUGUGGGUCCCUGACUCCCAGGCUCCAGUCUGUAUGAAGUGUGAGGUCCGCUUUACCUUCACCAAGAGGAGGCAUCACUGCAGGGCCUGUGGAAAGGUGUUCUGUGCUGCCUGCUGCAGCCUGAGGAGCAGACUGAUCUACAUGGACAGGAAGGAGGCCAGAGUCUGUAUCACCUGUCACUCUGCCCUACUGAGUGCUCAUUCGUGGGGGGGUAUGUGUGGUGGGUCUAACCAGAGUCCUAACCCCAACAACCCAGCACAGUACUGCAGCACCAUCCCACCUCUGCAGCAGAUCCAAACCUCAGGGGCACUGGACUCCCUUCCUCACACUGUACCUGUGGGUGUUCUCAAAACACCCGGCUCGGAGGGGUCCAAAGUUUUCCACCCGCGGGAGCGGAGGAGGGUGUGGUUUGCAGAUGGAAUCCUGCCCAAUGGGGAAGCGGCAGAAUCCCCCAAGCUUCCUGCUACCAGCCCCGCCCCCUCGCAAACAUUGGCUGUCUCACAGUGUUCCAACAAAUCCUUGGCUUCUGAUUUGCGAGAGGCAUCAUCCCCUGCCCCUGCGGCCACCGUGGGAAGCCCUGUAGGCAGCUCCAUCAGUCUAAUUCCGGAGGACGGACUUCCUCCCAUCCUCAUCUCCACCGGAGUUAAAGGAGGUAUGAGAGGACACAGCACAGCACCACCCUCAGACUAUAAGGUGGAGGAGCGUCCCUCUGAGACCCUUCUGAUGCAGCAGCUGGAGGAGGGAGGUCCUGACCCGUUGGUGUUUGUGCUCAACGCUAACCUGCUGGCCAUGGUCAAACUGGUCAACUACGUAAACAGGAAGUGUUGGUAUGUGACCACUAAGGGGAUGCAUGCAGUGGGCCAGGCUGAGGUGGUGGUGCUGCUGCAGUGUCUACCUGACGAGAAGAGCAUCCCCAAAGACCUCUUCAGCCACUUCGUACAGCUCUACCAGGAGGCCCUCACAGGUAAUGUCCUGACCCACCUGGGCCAUUCGUUCUUCACCCAGAGUUUCCUUGGCAGCAGGGAGCAUGGAGGUUUCCUCUACGUCACCCCGUCUUUCCAGUCCCUCCAGGACCUGAUGCUCCCCAACCCCCCCUACCUGUUUGGGGUGUUGCUGCAGAAGUGGGAGACCCCCUGGGCCAAGAUGUUCCCCAUCAGACUCAUGCUGCGGCUGGGCGCCGAGUACAGAUUCUACCCCUGCCCUCUGUUCAGUGUGCGCUUCAGAAAACCCCUGUUUGGAGAGACAGGUCACACCAUCAUGACCCUGCUAGUGGACUUCUGUAACUACCAGUACACGUUGUCCAUGGUGAAGGGUCUGGUGGUGGACAUGGAGGUGAAGAAGACAUGCAUCAAGAUCCCCAGCAACCGAUACAACGAGCUGAUGAAGGCGAUGAACAAGUCCAACGAACACGUCCUGGCCAUGGGGGCGUGUUUUAACGAGCAGGCCGACUCCCACCUGGUGUGUAUUCAGAACGACGACGGAAACUACCAGACACAGGCCAUCAGUAUCCACCACCAACCACGCAAAGUGACUGGCGCCUGCUUCUUUGUGUUCAGUGGUUCUCUGAAGGCAGCUUCUGGAUACCUGGCCAAGACCAGCAUCGUGGAAGAUGGUGUGAUGGUGCAGAUCACAGCAGAGACCAUGGAUGCUCUACGGCAAGCCCUCAGGGACAUGAAGGACUUUAGUAUCACCUGUGGCUGGGCAGACCAGGAGGACAGCCAGGAGCACGUUCACAUACAGUGGAUCGAUGACGAUCACAACUUUUUCAAUAAGGGGGUAAUUAGUCCUAUUGAUGGGAAGUCUAUGGAGUUCAUCACCAGCGUGAAAAUCUUCCACGGUUCAGAGUUCAAGGCUAAUGGGAAGGUCAUCCGCUGGACGGAGGUGUUCUUCCUCCAGAGUGAUGACCAGGACCAGCCCAACGGUCUGAGCGACCCUGCUGACCACAGCCGCCUGACGGAGAACGUGGCGAGGGCAUUCUGCGUGGCGCUCGGCCCACACCUCAAACGGCUAAAGGAGGAUGGCAUGGCUAAGCUGGGCCUACGGGUCACCCUCGAGUCUGACCAGGUGGGUUACCUAGCAGGAAGUAACGGCCAGCCUCUCCUCUCCCAUUACCUGAGUGACCUGGACAGUACUCUGAUCCCUGUCAUCCACAGAGGGGCGUGUCAACUCAGCGAGGGACCUGUUGUCAUGGAGCUGGUCUUCUACAUCCUGGAAAUCCUCUCCUAGGAGACGGAGGCACCGCUUAGCAACGGACCAUCACCCCAGACUCCGAUCUCCUAGUUCUCUUUCUCUCGUCCUCAUCCUUUUUUUUCCCCCCUGCCAUCUUGCCUCUUCCAUCUCUUCAGAGGCUGAAGGCUGUGAGGGACAGCUAGCUGAUGUUGCUAUCCCUUCACCAGACAGCUAGCUGUGGGGGACAGUUCCCAGCUAGCUGAUGUUGCUAUCCCUUCACCAGACAGCUAGCUGUGGGGGACAGUUCCCAGCUAGCUAAUGUUGCUAUCCCUUCACCAGACAGACAGCUGUGGGGGACAGUUACCAGCUAGCUAAUGUUGCUAUCCCUUCACCAGAGAGACAGCUGUGGGGGACAGUUCCCAGCUAGCUAAUGUUACUAUCCCUUCACCAGACAGCUAGCUGUGGGGGAUAGUUCCCAGCUAGCUAAUGUUGCUAUCCAUUCACCAGACAGCUAGCUGUGGGGGACAGUUCCCAGCUAGCUAAUGUUGCUAUCCCUUCACCAGACAGCUAGCUGUGGGGGAUAGUUACCAGCUAGCUAAUGUUGCUAUCCCUUCACCAGACAGCUAGCUGUGGGGGACAGUUCCCAGCUAGCUAAUGUUGCUAUCCCUUCACCAGACAGCUAGCUGUGGGGGACAGUUCCCAGCUAGCUAAUGUUACUAUCCCUUCACCAGACAGCUAGCUGUGGGGGAUAGUUACCAGCUAGCUAAUGUUGCUAUCCCUUCACCAGACAGCUAGCUGUGGGGGACAGUUCCCAGCUAGCUAAUGUUGCUAUCCCUUCACCAGACAGCUAGCUGUGGGGGAUAGUUCCCAGCUAGCUAAUGUUGCUAUCCCUUCACCAGACAGCUAGCUGUGGGGGACAGUUCCCAGCUAGCUAAUGUUGCUAUCCCUUCACCAGACAGCUAGCUGUGGGGGAUAGUUCCCAGCUAGCUAAUGUUGCUAUCCCUUCACCAGACAGCUAGCUGUGGGGGACAGUUCCCAGCUAGCUAAUGUUGCUAUCCCUUCACCAGACAGCUGUGGGGGAUAGUUACCAGCUAGCUAAUGUUGCUAUCCCUUCACCAGACAGCUAGCUGUGGGGGACAGUUCCCAGCUAGCUAAUGUUGCUAUCCCUUCACCAGACAGCUGUGGGGGAUAGUUCCCAGCUAGCUAAUGUUGCUAUCCCUUCACCAGACAGCUGUGGGGGAUAGUUACCAGCUAGCUAAUGUUGCUAUCCCUUCACCAGACAGCUAGCUGUGGGGGAUAGUUCCCAGCUAGCUAAUGUUGCUAUCCCUUCACCAGACAGCUAGCUGUGGGGGACAGUUCCCAGCUAGCUAAUGUUGCUAUCCCUUCACCAGACAUCUGUGGGGGACAGUUCCCAGCUAGCUAAUGUUGCUAUCCCUUCACCAGACAGCUAGCUGUGGGGGAUAGUUACCAGCUAGCUAAUGUUGCUAUCCCUUCACCAGACAGCUAGCUGUGGGGGACAGUUCCCAGCUAGCUAAUGUUGCUAUCCCUUCACCAGACAGCUGUGGGGGAUAGUUCCCAGCUAGCUAAUGUUGCUAUCCCUUCACCAGACAGCUAGCUGUGGGGGACAGUUCCCAGCUAGCUAAUGUUGCUAUCCCUUCACCAGACAGCUGUGGGGGAUAGUUACCAGCUAGCUAAUGUUGCUAUCCCUUCACCAGACAGCUCCCAGCUAGCUAAUGUUGCUAUCCCUUCACCAGACAGCUGUGGGGGACAGUUCCCAGCUAGCUAAUGUAUGUCAUGUGAAGGGAUAACAACAUCUAGGGCCUUUACGUCAUGUCCGCCCUGAUCACAUGACAUACAUCUAGGGCCUUUACGUCAUGUCCACCCUGAUCACAUGAAUCAGGAAAUCUGAGGACUAUUCCAGUUCCACUGUGGUAGACCAGGCUGGGGUUUGAGAAGUCAAAAAUGAUUCCUUAGUUGUUACUUUUCUCGAAAUCUAAUGGCACAACCUAGAUUAGAGACCAUGUCUUAAGUAGCUGAACAUGUUAUUACUCCCACCUUGUGAAAGUGACAAACUGACACGUUUUACAUUUUCUUCAAAACACAACUUUAUAUUGAAGGAGUGCCUUUGCUUUGACGGCCUGCAACAUGCAAUUCUGUUUGAGACGACCGUUAGACAUAAUGUCGUGUUUCUACGCAUGAAUUUAGCUAGCCAAGUCGCCAUGACAACGCCGACAUGCGUAAUCGAGGAUUUCUAUUGGAGAAGCAGUUUGUCGAUCUUCAUACUGUAUUGUCUUUACUGUGGUAGCUAGCCAACCAGAGGACAAAGCAGAAGCACUGCACUCUGGGAAACGUAGUCUCCGAAGGCUAUGUUGUAGCAUGGGCGCUUUGAGGACCUCAGGUAGAGGUGUCCAAAGCUCUGCCUGAUGAGACUACACUUUUCUCUGCUGACAGGGACUUCACACGGUCUGGUGGUCCGGGAAGAUUAAAAACUCGGCGAUGAGUGGAUGGAGAGAGGGUACAGCAAGAAUAGGAGAGAAAAGAGGGAGGAAACAUUUUUCUGGUGAUGCUGUUUAAUUUGCAUCCCGGUGCUCAGUUCCUGCAGUCGCAACUCUUCACAGUGGAAGGAGGAAAGAAUAACUUACCUGUAAUUUUCAGCCUGGCUUUUAGCCAAAGAUCACCAAAUGCUUUAUUUCCUGACAUUGAUGGACUACAGUUUUCGUUUGCCUUGUUAUUUUGUUUAGGCAGGGCUGCAAUUGGCUCAAUAGCUCAUCCAGAGAUCCAAGAUUGUCUGUCUCACUAGAACUGCUAAGCAGUUGGACCACUUAGUCGAAGGCACAAUAUCUAAGAGAGGUGGUGUGGGUGUUUGACCUAUUAAGUCUGACAGUGAAAUCAGUAAAGAUCCUGAACUGUGGAGAUGACCCAAGCUUUAUAUGGCUGAGCUUCUAGUCUUCUGAGAACCAUGUCAAGUGUGACAGAGCGUACGCUGAUUAAAAUCUGUUUUCAUUGCUUUACCAGAACAUUCUAACAGGAAGUAUAACAAACACUCUCUGGCCUCUCAUUGGCAACCCAAGGGGACUGGUUGGAGUCUUGGGAUGAGAAAUGCAUUGUGGUCUGAUCCUUCACCACCGACUGUUAACACCAGCCUCAUCCUUCCACCGUUAAUAACUAACCCCAGGCUCGUCCUUCCACUGUUAACUAACCCCAUCCUCAUCCUUCUCUCUGUCAGCAAUGGAGAGGAUAUUAGAGCAUCUUCAGUAAAUUGUUACCUGUGGUUUCUUCCCAAAGUGCACUACAUUUGACCGGAGCCAUAUGGGACACAACCUAUAGGUUACCCUGUCCGCCUGACCUGUGAGCCAACGCAACUAUUCAACACAUUGAUGCUGCACUCCUCCAUCCACAGACCCCAUAGCAUUUUUUUGUACGAUUCAAAAUAAAACUGCCUAACUGA